GAACAGUAGACAGUUCUUCAACGCGGAAUUCGAUUCCCCCCCAGUGUUUGAAAGUGUCCCCCCUGCAAAAACCCACCAAAAAACACCGCCUCAACAUGAAAUUCUUGAUCAUGACCAUCUGCCUGUUCGUGCUGGCCUUCGCCCUGGUGUCGGCUAUCCCAGCAGUGCAAGACGAGGGUAUCUUCGGUGCCGAUGGAGCUGCGGACGAAACCCUGAACGUUCAGGACCCGCAGGCCUUCCUGCUGAAGAAGCUGCUGCUCAAGAAGAAAUUGCUACUGCUCGGUUAAGAAACGUCAAUCGCUUCCAGUUCCCCGCCUCCUCCCUUGUAAUAAGUAAUAAGUAAUCGGGAAAACAAUGCUCACAGCCUCCCUUCCCCAAAUGACCCCGUCUCCACCGAAACCCCUCACCCUGCUCUUGGGCAAUGUCCCAAGUGUGGUUCUUUAGUCUCCGGUUGGACGCGCUAUCCGUAACGAAUGACUACGAAAACCCCCCACAACCGGAUGAAUAUGGUGAUGGUCAUUCGUGUCCGCAUCGUUAGGAUCCAGUAGUCCAGCAACGGGCCAAAUCCAGUCACGGCUCCAGCACCGCGUCAAGAACCAUGCGAAGAAAGAGAAAGGGACGUUACAGAAGAGGGCAGCUACUAUUAAGGUGCAAUAUGUAGGAUCUACGCUACAGCGAGUAUUAGCGAAAGGAGUUUAUUUUUUAUACGUAAAUGAUAGCCUGCGUCUGUGUC